GCCGAGGUCACGUGACGGGCCCGGCCGCCUCUGCCGCCGCCGCCGCUUUGUAAGAGGCACAUUGGCAGGUAACGAGCGGCGGCGGCGGCGGCGGUGGGUCCCGAGUCCAGCGAGAGCAGCAGCGACUUUCUAUUUUGUGCAUACAUUAUUUUGUAUAUACUGUAUAUGAUGACUUCAGUGAGCAGUGACCGUUCCAGAAGUGCUCGGGAAAAAACACAGAUUUCAGCGACACAGGCAACACAGCUACAGAAGCAAGUGGUACAGGCUACAGCUGAACAGAUGCGUCUCGCUCAAGUGAUCUUUGAUAAAAACGAUUCAGAGUUUGAAGCUAAGGUUAAACAGCUUAUGGAAGUGACAGGAAAAAAUCAGGAUGAAUGCAUAGUGGCCCUACAUGAUUGUAAUGGAGAUAUCAACAAAGCUAUCAAUAUAUUACUGGAAGGAAAUUCAGACACAACUUCUUGGGAGACUGUAGGAGGGAAGAAGAAGAAUUUUGGAAAAGAGAGUUCGGAAAACAAAGAGAAUAGAGAGAAGAGAAGUGAGAGAGAAGUGAGUCGUGGGCGUGGAAACAACAACCGGAAAGGAAGAGGUGGCAGUCGUGGGAGAGAGUUUAGGGGUGAAGAGAACGGAAUUGACUGCAGUCAAGGGGACAAGCCUUCAGACCGUGGAAAGCGAGCUCGUGGUAGAGGAUUUGGACGUGGCAGAGGGAGAGGGACAGGAAGAUUCUCAACCCAAGGCAUGGGGACAUUUAAUCCUGCGGACUAUUCAGAUUCGCCAUCUAUAGAUGGGUGUGGGACAAAAUCGGUAGUUUGGGAAGCUGCUCAGAAUGGUGCGGAUGAGGGAACUGGGGCCUGGAAGAAUUCUGUAGAAGAGUGGACAACAGAAGACUGGACUGAAGAUCUUUCUGAAACAAAGGUCUUCACUUCCUCAUCUGUUCCAGCAGAGAAUCAUGGCACACCUGGGCAAAGUGUUGAUCUGGUAGCCUUGCUCCAGAAGCCUGUUUCUCCUAGUCAAGCCUCAGAAGUCAGCUCCUUUGAAACUUCCCAACAGCAGGGUUUUGGUCAAGCCCUUGUCUUCACAAAUUCUCAGCACAACAGUCAGAUGGCACCAGGGACUGGCAGCUCUACCACUGUCAACUCGUAUUCUCCUCAGAGCCUGUCAUCCGUCCUUGGUUCAGGAUUUGGAGAGCUUGCACCUUCAAAAAUGGCAAACAUCACCAGCUCCCAGAUUUUGGACCAGCUGAAAGCUCCGAGUUUGGGCCAGUUUACCACCACCCCAAGUUCACAACAGAAUAGUACGAGUCCCCCCACAACCACUUCUUCUUGGGACCUCAAGCCCUCAGCGUCCCAGUCCUCAGUCCUUAGUCAUUUUGACUUCAAAUCUCAGCCCGAACCGUCCCCUGUUCUUAGCCAGCUGAGCCAGCGGCAGCAGCACCAGACGCCGGCAGUCACUGUUCCUCCUCCUGGGUUGGAGUCCUUUCCUUCCCAGGUGAAACUCCGAGAGUCAACACCCAGAGACAGUAGUACCUCCACUGUGAACAAACUUUUGCAGCUUCCAAGCAUGACUGUCGAAAACAUCACCGUGUCUGCUCACCAACCACAGCCUAAACACAUCAAACUCCCUAAGCGGCGAAUACCUCCAGCUUCUAAGAUCCCAGCUUCUGCAGUGGAAAUGCCUGGUUCAGCAGAUGUCACAGGAUUAAAUGUUCAGUUUGGCGCCUUGGAAUUUGGAUCAGAACCAUCUCUCUCUGAAUUUGGAUCAGCUGCAAGCAGUGAAAAUAGUAGCCAGAUUCCCAUUAGCUUGUAUUCAAAGUCUUUAAGUGAUUCUUUGAAUACCUCUCUCCCAAUGACCAGUGCAGCACAAAGCCCCACCUGCACAGCGUCAGUCCUCACCUCCUCCAGCCCAACCAGCUCGUCUCUGAGCCCCGCCGGCCCGGCAACAGUGUCCCCCUCCUACGACCAGAGCUCUGCGCACAGCAGGCCCGCGUACCGGAGCUCUGUGAGCCCGUCGCAGUCAGCUCCAGGAACUGCCCCGAAUGGACAUGGUAGUCGAAGUCAGCAGGCAAUAGACACUACUUCAUCCGUUCCAGCUCCAAAGACAGCAGACCCGCCCUCUGCCCUCCCGUCUGCGGGCUCCCUGCCCAGCACCACCUCCUGCACUCCACUUCUGCCCCCUGUGUCCCAGCACACUGCCACUCUGCCUGCCUUGUCCCAGCCUGGUGACCUGUCCGGCAGCCCCCUCUCUCAGCUAAGCAGCUCCCUCUCCAGCCAUCAGAGCAGCCUCCCGUCUGCACACGCAGCCCUCUCCUCCAGCACGGCACACACACAUGCCAGCGUGGAGAGCGCCCCUCCCCUCCAGUCCUCAGCCACCUUCACGGCAGCAACCUCUGCCUCGAGUGCCACGUCCUCAGGGCUCAGCCUGCCGAGCAGCAUGAACGCAGUGAACAGCCUCUGCCUGGGCGGUACCGCCGUGAGUGCCCCCAGCAGCAGUGCCAGGGCCACGCCCUUGGUGACCUCAGGCAAAGCACCCCCUAACCUGCCGCAGGGGGUGCCUCCCCUGCUGCACAACCAGUACCUCGUGGGCCCCGGAGGACUGCUUCCCGCCUACCCGAUCUAUGGCUACGAUGAGCUCCAGAUGCUGCAGUCACGGCUGCCAGUGGAUUACUAUGGGAUUCCUUUUGCUACACCCACAGCCCUUGCCAGUCGAGAUGGGAGCCUCACUAAUAACCCAUAUUCAGGUGAUGUCACGAAGUUUGGCCGAGGUGACUCUGCCUCCCCUGCGCCCCCCACCACACUGGCUCAGCCACAGCAGAGCCAGUCGCAGGCCCACCACACAGCCCAGCAGCCCUUUCUGAAUCCUGCGCUGCCACCUGGCUACAGCUACACUGGCCUCCCCUACUACACAGGCAUGCCCAGUGCCUUCCAGUACGGGCCCACCAUGUUUGUCCCUCCAGCCUCAGCCAAGCAGCAUGGUGUGAGCCUUAACACCCCCACCACCCCCUUCCAGCAGGCCAGUGGUUACGGCCAGCACAGCUACAGCGCAGGUUAUGACGACCUGACCCAGGGGACAGCAGCGGGAGACUACACCAAGGGUGGCUACGGUGGAUCAUCGCAGGCACAAAACAAGUCUGCAGGUUCUGGGCCUGGCAAAGGAGUGUCCGCAUCUUCAAGCACCAGUGGUCUCCCUGAUAUGACUGGUUCUGUCUACAACAAGACCCAGACUUUUGACAAGCAGGGAUUUCAUGCAGGGACCCCUCCACCGUUCAGCUUGCCCUCGGCCUUGGGCUCCACCGGGCCCCUGGCUCCUGGCGCAGCUCCUGGUUAUGCGCCCCCACCGUUCUUGCACAUCCUGCCUGCCCACCAGCAGCCUCACUCACAGCUGUUACACCACCACCUGCCGCAGGACGCUCAGAGUGGCUCCGGUCAGCGCAGCCAGCCCAGCUCCCUGCAGCCCAAGCCGCAAGCCUCCAAACCUGCCUACGGCAACUCUCCAUACUGGACAAACUGAGCCCCGAAGAGGGGUGGGCUGGGGUGGGGCUUACUCUGGGCAGGAGAGAACACACGGAGCCCAUUUCUCUAGGAGCCCGGCGCCCUUUCCUAGAGUUCCUGAGACAUGUAACUGUGUCAGCCGAGCCUCUGUGGGGAGCCUGCCUCCCAGACUCGCUGUUGUAUGUAGUGUAUUUAUGUAUGUAUUUGUAAAUGUGAUAGAAGUCUUGGGGGAGUGGGGGUGCCGCUGCUACUCUUAGCCAGCUGCCAGCUGUCCCCACUCAAACCCCUUCUCGCUGUAGCAGAGUAAGCCCCUCCCUCCCUUCUGCCUCCAGGCCUUCUACACAGUCCUCUCAGCGGGCAGCGUCUGGGAGGGCUGGUUUAAGGCAGUCUGGGUACUGGGGUCAGGUACCAAUGAAGAAUCACGACUUAUCUCGCUCCCUUGUAAACCACUACUUGAGUUUUCUUCCCCGUGUGAUUACUUUAUCCAUCUCUUUUUGAGAAACUGGUCCUUUUGUCAUGCUCCCCUUCUGCCAGAUCUUGCUCUGGGAAUAGCAGAGAUAUCACCCCCCCGCCCACCAUAAAAGUGACACCUGUUUGUCUUCAAAUAGAGCAGGGGCUUCUGCUUCUGGUCUGGUCUUGUCCCCAGAGACUUACUUUCUUCUGGCUGACCAUUUUUAAAAUAAUCUGAAUUUGCGCUCAGAGAUACUCAGCCAGUCAGCUCCCAUUUAAAAAAAAAAAAUUGAAGAUAUGCUUUCAUUUCAAUGAGAGCAUGUCUCCAAGCAAAGGCUCCUCUAUUUUGGUCGUCCUAAACCAGGUGGGCGACUUUCAGAGGUUUUCUCUUUUGCCCAACUCCACCUAAUAAAAUUCUGAGAGCAUG